CUCGACACACCAACCAAAAAUCGAAUCGCGUUCGAGCCAUCGAGCCGACAAGGCGACAACAGCCACAACGCCUCACUCCCCCCACCCCACGCGCUCCGACGAGCUCCGAUCCGCCGCCCACCUCGCCGCCCGCCGGCGAUGAGCACCGCCUCCGGCGACGGCGGGGACGGCGGCGGCGGCGGGGAUGGCGCCUCGUCGGCCGCGGGGGGCGGCGGGAGGCGGAUCCCGCCCGCCUCGUCCAUGCCGUGGGUCCGCAACCUCCGCCGCUUCGUCGGCACGGGCGCCGGCCUCGGAUCCGAGGCCUUGAUGGAACUGGAAACAAAAAGGAUACUGCUUGAGAUUUUCAAGGAGCGCCAACGGAAGAGUAUGGAAGCUGGUGCCAUUCCAAGUUUUUAUAAGAAGAAACCUGAAGAUGGAUCCAUUAGCAAUAGAGUUCAGAAAUUGGCAAAGUACAGGUUUCUAAAGAAACAAUCUGAACUUCUGCUUAAUGCUGAUGAUCUUGAUGCCAUGUGGGUUUGUCUCAGAGAAAAUUGCGUUAUUGAUGAUGCUACAGGUGCUGAAAAGAUGAAUUAUGAAGACUUUUGCCAUAUUGCAACAGUAUGCACAGAGCAGAUCGGCCAGAAGUGCAAGCGUUUCUUCAGCCCUUCAAAUUUUAUGAAGUUUGAGAAGGAUGAUUCUGGGAGAAUUGCAAUCCUACCAUUUUAUCUUUAUGUUAUGCGGACAGUAUCUCUCACACAAGCGAGAAUUGAUAUGAGUGAGCUUGAUGAGGAUUCUGAUGGUUUCCUUCAACCUCAUGAAAUGGAAGCAUACAUAAGAGGGCUUAUCCCCAAUUUGGCACAACUGCGUGAUAUGCCAUCAGCAUUUGUUCAAAUGUACUGCCGCAUAGCUGCACGCAAGUUCUUUUUCUUCUGCGAUCCACACAGACGAGGGAAAGCAUGCAUAAAGAAAGUAUUGCUGAGCAAUUGUCUUCAGGAACUUAUGGAACUACAUCAGGAGAGUGAGGAAGAGGUUACUGAUACUGAGCAGGCUGAAAAUUGGUUUUCCCUGACGUCAGCUCAGCGCAUUUGUGAUAUGUUUCUUGCACUUGACAAAGAUACAAAUGGAACAUUGAGCAAACAGGAGCUCAAGGAAUAUGCAGAUGGCACAUUGACUGAUAUCUUCAUUGAAAGAGUUUUUGAUGAGCAUGUACGCCGGAGCAAAGUUGGAGGUGGCAACAGUCGUGAAAUGGACUUUGAAAGCUUUCUUGACUUUGUUUUGGCUCUAGAAAACAAAGAUACUCCUGAAGGAUUGACAUACCUAUUUAGAUGCCUUGAUCUUAAUGGAAGGGGAUUCCUGACAACUGCUGAUAUCCAUACAUUAUUUAGGGAUGUACACCAGAAAUGGAUUGAAGGCGGAAACUAUGAACUUUGCAUCGAAGACGUGAGGGAUGAAAUCUGGGACAUGGUAAAGCCGGCAGAUCCUCUCAGGAUCGCACUAACAGAUCUUCUAUCUUGCAAGCAAGGCGGGACUAUUGCCAGCAUGCUUAUAGAUGUGCGCGGCUUCUGGGCCCACGACAACAGAGAGAACCUCCUCCAGGAAGAGGAAGAGCAAGUGGAAGAGGCCUGAGUUCUCCAGCUGCCGUGCAACCAACCUGGUAAACUCUCAACCGCAAGGCACUGGCAAUUGCUGGUAUCUCGCAACCGCAAGGCACGGGCAAUUGCUUGUACCACUGUAUGUGUGCCAUUGUAGCUUACAUAGUGUAUUAGAAUCAAGUUCAACCUGUUCGCUGGGAGACUUGUUGUAACCUGUAAGUGUUCCAUUUGUGUAACCGGAGUGAAAUCUGACAUAUUUUGAGUUGAACAUGGUUUUGUCGUGUCGACCAGAUGUAUUACCGCAGGGCUUGGUUGGAUGCAGAAAGGAAAGCCUCAGCCUGUGGAAUUUGUACGUCUAUGCGACACCACGCAUGUAAUUCGGUUUGCAACUGCAAGUCUAUAUACGCAAAAAUACAUUGUAUGCCCUUUGAUGCAGUGGUUAUUUGUGCCCUUCUCCGUGCCAA